AUGGCUUCCUUUUCCCGUCAAUUCGCCCGCGUCGCGACCCGCAACACCUUUGCCUCGGUCGUGCCCCGGCAGGCCCUUCGCAGCGGCCGCCGCUUCUACUCCUCGGAGGCGCCCAAGAAGUCGUCCUCUGCCAGCCUUCUCUACCUGGGCGGCGCGGCCGCCGCCGGCGGUCUCGGCUACUGGUUCUACGCCAACAACUCUGCCUCUGGCAGCAAGCUCACCAACCCGACGCAGGCCGACUACCAGGCCGUGUACAAUGCGAUUGCGUCGCGACUCGAGGAAAAGGACGACUACGACGACGGCAGCUUCGGUCCCGUGCUGGUGCGCCUUGCCUGGCACGCGUCGGGCACGUACGACAAGGAGACGGGCACGGGCGGCAGCAACGGCGCGACGAUGCGCUUCCAGCCGGAGUCGAGCCACGGCGCCAACGCCGGCCUGAUUGCAGCUCGUGAUUUCCUGGACCCUAUCAAGGCCCAGUUCCCGUGGAUCACCUACUCGGACCUCUGGAUCCUCGGUGGCGUUGCCGCCAUCCAGGAGAUGCAGGGGCCGAUUGUGCCAUACCGCCCGGGCCGCGCCGACCGUGACAUUGCCGCCUGCACGCCGGAUGGCCGCCUUCCCGACGCCACCCAGGGCAGCGACCACCUCCGCAGCAUUUUCUACCGCAUGGGCUUCAACGACCAGGAGAUUGUCGCGCUGUCUGGCGCGCACGCCCUCGGUCGCUGCCACCGCGACCGCUCCGGCUUUGACGGCCCCUGGACCUUUUCCCCGACCGUCAUGACCAAUGACUUUUACACGCUGCUUCUCGAGCAGAAGUGGGAUUGGAAGAAGUGGGAUGGUCCCAAGCAGUACGAGGAUAAGAGCACCAAGAGCCUCAUGAUGCUGCCCACCGAUAUGGCGCUGGUUCAGGACAAGGCUUUCCGCCAGCACGUCGAGCGCUACGCCAAGAGCAACGACGAGUUCUUCAAGGACUUCUCCGCCGUCAUCCUGCGACUUUUCGAGCUCGGCGUCCCUUUUCCUGCCGGCAGCGAGUCGCAGCGCUGGAUCUUGAAGCCUACCUGGGAUGAGAGCAAAUAG